AGAGGAGGAGGCGGCGUCGGCAGGCGGGAGGAGGAAGGAGGAUCCUCCCUCCCCAUGGCGUUUGCACCUCCCAAAAACCCAGAUGGCUCCAAGCUCCAGCUCAAGCUGAGCACGUGGACUCCCCUGAACCACCAGCUCAUGAACGACAAGGUAUUUGAAGAAAGAAGAGCCCUGCUUGGAAAAUGGUUUGACAAGUGGACAGACGGCCAGAGGAGGCGGGUCCUGCUGGAGCUGCUGGAACGUUGCUCCCUGUCCCAGCAGAAAUUCUGUGCCCAGCAGCUCCAGGCUCGGGUCCCCAUCGAGGCUGUGGAUUUUACCACGAGGCUCCCCCGGGUCCUGUCCUUGCACAUCUUCUCCUUCCUGGACCCACGGAGCCUCUGCCGAUGUGCUCAGGUGAGCUGGCACUGGAAGCAGCUGUCGGAGCUGGACCAGCUGUGGAUGCUGAAGUGCCUGCGCUUCGGGUGGCGCCCGCGCCGCCGCCCCUCGGCCCUGGAGCAGGGCGGAUGGAAGCGGCUCUACAUCGAGUCAGUGCGGGAGCUGCACAUCACCCCGCCCAAGACUCCUUCCAAGGACGAGUUCAUCGUUAUCGACGUGCAACCGGUAAAAAACAACGUCCCAGAGAGGAAACUCCCCGUGGGGACAGCCAGGGGGAGGAAAGAGCUGCGUCCUUGGCUGUCAUCUGACAGGAACCCCAGGGACACCAUCCGCUACAACUACCUGGACAACCAGCACCCCAUCGAGCAGGCCAGGCAGGCGAGGAGGAAGGGAGGAGGGCACACCCCAGACCUGAGCAGGCAGGCGGCUGAGAGGAAGAAGAGAGGAGGUCGUGGAUCCACUCAGCUCCAGGAGGUGAAAUCCCUGCUGUCCCUCCCUGCCGCCCCGGACCCCGUCCCAGGUCCCCCGGCCCGUCCCGUCUGGGCGUCCCCUCUGCAGACGGAGCCGCGGAGCUGCCGCUGGAGCGCCGGGACCCGCCCGGGACCCGCCCGAGCCCCGAACCGGCGCCAGAGAGGGAGCGGAGCUGCGCCCGGGGGGGACACCGGGGCACCGUCACCUCCUCUGUUUGAGGCUCAGCUCUGGCCCAUUCCUUCAUCCAACCAAGGAUCUGACACAGAAUGAGGGAGGAUCCAGAGAAUCCUUCAUCCUGCAGAACAGAAAUUUAUCCUCCUGGCACUGGGGAAACCACAGGAAAAUUCCUGCUGGGUUUGGGAUCUGAACCUGUUUUCCUUUAGCUGGUGCAACAUUCCCUUUUCCUUCUGGAUACAUCCAGAAUUUCUGGAAUUUUGACCACGGAGACUCUUCCUUAGAUCCUUGUUGGAGCUGCUGGACCUCAUGGGAUCAUCCCAGGGCACAUCCCAUGGAAAACCUGGAGACAGAAUUCCUUUCUCAUGUUAAAACAAUUCCAUCUUUUCUGUUGUGGUAGCAAGAAGGAAAUCAAAUCCCACACUAUGGAUUUGCACUUGGAUCCACCAGGAGCUGGAAUUUGCCUUUUAAGAGAUUGGGAAUCCAAUUUUCUCUCUCUUAUUGUUCUUUUCUGCAAUUUGGGAAAUUCCCAGAAAAUGUAAAGAGCAAUUUUUAAGGAUAAGGGGUGACUUUAAUUCAUCCCACAGAGCUGGGACAAAAUUGAACCAUCCCAUAUUUUGGGAAAAAAUCAUGGCAAGCACAUGAAUCUUCAACAUUUAUGGAUAAAAAUCACAUUUCAGAGGAAAUUCCAACCACCAAUCACAGUCACAGAAUGAUUAAGGAUGGAAAAGACCUUUUAGAUCACCAAACCCAGCACCACACUCACAGGUUUUCUGGGCACUCCAGGAAUGGUGAUUCCAUUCAGUGGAAAUGAAGA